AUGUACGGCAGAAAAGGCUCUUUUCUAGGUGUCACCCAGAAUCUGCAAAGGAGGCUCUCCGCCACUGUAGGCCAUGAAGGUGUAGGCUUGCCUGCGACGAGCAAUUUGCGCAUAACAAAGCUGCCGGAGAAGUUGUUGUUGCGAAUUUUCAGUUUCCUCACGCACCGCGAGCUCUGUACUAUCGCCCGCGUUUCGAAGCAGUGGCGCCGCCUCGCCUAUGAUGAAUCGCAGUGGUCUUGUCUCAAUCUCCGGCCCGAACAUGGCGGCCUCUCUGUGCCAACAGUAGAGGACUUCCUCAAUCUCGUCAACCAGCGCUCGGGAGAGGGAUUGCGCUACUUGGAGUUGAACAGCGACCUAAUUACCAUCCCGGUGCUCGAGGAGUUGGGUAACAAGUGCACUAAUCUGCGCUACCUCACCCUCGACUUUAGCAACGCCAUGCAACUCCACGACUUCAAUGAUCUCAUGGCCUUUCCCGGUCUUCUCACCUACCUAUGCAUCUGCCUCAGCGACGUCAUCUUCAUGGAGGGUCUGAUGCGCAAAAUCUACCCCUGCCUAUCCUCCCUUGAGGUCCUCCAUCUCAUUGGUACAUUUGAAAGGGCCGCUGAAGAGGAGGAGGAAAUUUAUGAGGUGGUUAACAUAAGCAAGAUUCGCGCCCACACACCGAACCUGCGUGUGAUCAACCUCUAUGGCAUCAGCUUUGUUGAUGACAGCCACGUGGAGCUUCUGGCCACCAAUUGCCUCCAGCUGGAAUGCAUUGCCCUCAACUACUGCCUCAACGUCAAGGGCGCCGCCUUCCCUCUUAUCAUCUCAAAUUGCAAGAAACUCAAGACCCUUCUUCUUUGCCACUGCGGCCUUGAGGAUGAGUAUAUAAUGCAGGUGCCCUGGGAGAACUCUCAACUCUGCGAGUUGGACAUAACUUCUACCGAACUCUCGUCGGAGUGUCUGGACAGUUUCCUCUCCCGCAUCCCCUCAUUUACUUACUUAGCCGCGGGGCAUACUGACUUCCUUAAUGAUAAGUUAAGAAUUCAUCGACAUUGGGACUGCAAAUUCGGUGCCAUUUGUUUUUCAUUUUCUUUUGUAUUGAGGCACCUUGUGGACCUGCAAAAGUUCAACGACCUCAUCGCCCUGGAUUUGAGUUUUACACCCUCACUAAGUGAAUCGACGAUGAUGAACUUCUUGCAGACCUAUGGUUCGCAGCUUCGUGGUCUCAUGCUCCAAGGAAAGCCCACGCUGGCGGAAUACUUCUGGACCACUGUCAUAACUUUUCUACACAAUAUAGAAAUAUGUGUACUCGGAUCUCCCGACGGAUGGUUUUUCAAGUACAACACACGUGUACACGUUGACCAGGUUUUGCAUGCCUUCGCCUUGAAUUGUCCAAAUUUAACAGCCCUGGAAAUUCAAUGGGAUCCUGAGACCCUCCGAUUCAGCGACAAGAGCCGCAAAUUCAUUGAUAGGCUGAGGCUGAAAUGUUGGCGACUGAAGUCACUGACUCUGUGUGACGGAAAGUAUUAUGAGUUGGUCAAGGGCAAUUUCGAGAGAGCUGAACGCCCACGGGUGGUGCGAACGAGCAAUUCUUACACCACCUCCAUCGUGUCUCUUUUAUGUAGAUACAAGGAUUUACAGUUCAACUAA